CUGAAGCUCUCAUUUACCUUGGACCAAGAGAGUGGGAUGCCUCAAGGCUGUUAUAUCUAUCAGUACCGGGACAGCAACAAGCUGGUGGAAGAGUUCAUGCUGCUUGCAAAUAUGGCCGUGGCCCACCAGAUCUACCGCUCCUUCCCCAAUCAGGCCCUGCUUCGCCGCCAUCCCCCACCUCAAAGCAAGCUGCUGAAAGACCUCAUGGAGUUUUGCAACCAAGUUGGCCUCAACAUCGACUUCAGCAGUGCAGGGACCCUGCAUAAAAGCUUAAAUGAAACAUUUGGUGCUGACAAAUAUUCUGAAGCCAGGAAAGAAGUGCUGACUAACAUGUUCUCCAGGCCCAUGCAGAUGGCUCUCUACUUCUGCACUGGUGUCCUGGAGGACGAGACCCUCUUUCGCCACUAUGCCCUGAACGUGCCCUUCUACACUCACUUCACCUCACCCAUCCGCCGCUACGCAGACAUCAUUGUGCACCGUCUCCUCUCCGCUUCACUUGGUUCCAGCUCCCCCAUCAAGAUGGAGAAGGAGGCAAUCCAGAGACAAGCAGAUCACAGCAAUGACCGGAAGAUGGCUUCCAAGAGGGUGCAGGAGCUCAGUGCUGACCUCUUCUUCAGCAUCUUCGUUAGGGAGUGUGGUCCUCUGGAGUCAGAAGCCAUGGUGAUGGGUGUUCUGAACGAGGCCUUUGAUGUCCUGGUGCUGAAGUUUGGAGUCCAGAAGCGCAUCUACUGCAAUGCGCUGCCCUUGCUGGGCUUCCACUUCCGGAAGGUGGGGAGGAAGCCAGAGCUGACACUCUUGUGGGAGCCAGAGAAGCCAGAGCAGGAAUCUGUGCCCCAGGUGAUCACCAUUUUCACGCUGGUGGAGGUGGUCCUGAGAUCGGACGGCGUCCCGCUCAAGUACAGUGCCCUGCUCAAGAGACAGAGCUCGGAGAAGUGA